GUUUAAACAAAAGAUAAGACAUUUUUCUCAGGUAAAAUCAAUCCGAUUUAUACUGAUUCUUCUAUAAGAUUUCUUUGUGUGUUCUUGAGGCAUAAUAGUUAGUUUUUUUAUAUACAUUUGGUCGGAGCUGUUGUGCCAUGGAUAAAGCUUGGGUCUGGUUACCAAGGAAUAGUCUCGAGUAUGAGCAAGGUGCUAGUGAGUUUGUUUCUUAUUCACCAAGACGAUUGGGUGAUCCAGUUGAAAUGUUCUGCCCUUGCGUUGAUUGUCGCAAUGUCUGCCAUCAAGCAAGUGAGACAGUUUUUGAGCAUCUCGUGAUUAGAAGGAUGGAUCAGAAGUACAAGAGAUGUAAAUAUUGGAGUAAACACGGGGAUAUAAGGCCUGAUAAGAUAGCUGAUGUUCAGACGUCUGAAAAUGAGGCUUAUGAGUUGAUCAGGACAGCUUUCAUGGCGAGCGAUGGCAAUCAACCAUCUGAGAAGCAGAAUGCAGAGGAUUUUGACAGUAUUGACAGGCCAGAAGAGGACGAGUUUAGGAAGAAGUUAGAUGAUGCAUAAACUUGAUAUCUUCCAUAUUUCUAUUGUUUUAUCCAUUCACCCAUGUGCAUUUUGAUCAUAUAGAUUAGGAUUUAGCCAUGUUUAGGUUGCAUUUUGCAUACAUGAGUCCUUAUCAGGUAUUGGAGUGCCACAUGGAGUUCUUGGAGACAUUUGGGUGCAAUUGGAGUUCAAAAGAAGUGUUUAAAGUGAUCAUUGGGCGAGCACCUUACC